CAUGUUCUCACAGAGCUGCCGAGUCCAAUCUAACUAGUUUCUCUGCCUUUGGUUUUCUCUCACGUACCUAUUGUUUUUUUAUUUUAUUUAUUUUAUUUUUUUUAAAGGAAAAAAAAAAACCACCCUGGUUUUUUUUAAUCUCUAGACCGCUUUUUCAGAAUCGACGAAACAUCUAGCCAGUGCAAUCUUACGAAAUUGAUAAGCUCGUGCAUUUUCGGUAACGUUGUGCUACCUGAAUGGCAGGAUUGUUUUUUCCCCCUUUCUUGUUGUCAGUUGUUUAGAUUUGGACCUGCAUGCUUUUGGUGAUUAGUUAUGAACAGGCUGAUCUUUUGCACGCUUACGAGAUAAUAUGAUCAAUUGAUUUAUUGGGGAUUUAAAUAAAUACCAUCUCAGGUUUAGCAUUUUCCACUGGGCAGCAGAUAGUGUUAUUUUAAGAUAACAUGUAUCUCCGAUGCUGCUGUAUAAUAUAUAGUGUCAUCAAUAAAGCAUAAAUAUUGGGCGAGUUCAGUGCAUUGUGUAGAAACAGGAAGUAACCUUCAGUGUUCCUGAACACGGAAAUGUAGUGGUGGUGUUGGUGCAAUCUGACGUCAUGGUUAAAAUCAGCUCAUUUGGCAGUACGGCGAAGUCAACACCAGACACACACAUCAAAACCGAGCCCUGUCUCACACAAGAGGGGUCCGAUAACGUCGAACCAGACAAACAGCUCCUGGAUCCAUGCAUUGGAGAUAAAGACUUGGCUUUAGGUGGCCCUUCUUUAGACCUUCAUCACAUCAAGCAAGAGCCAGGCCAUGCUGAACCAGAAUCCGGGUACCGAAAUGUCCAAUCUCUGGACUCCAGAGUGUUUACCAAGACAGAGCCGGUUUGUGUUCCGAUUGAAAACUCGAGUUUCGGUCUUAAAACCGAGUCUGAAAUCCACGAUGAGGCAAACGGAGAAGUUUGUUUUCCCUUGAAGGAGGAGGAGGUGAUGAAGAUCAAGCUAGAGGCAGAAGAAGAAGAGUGUGAUCUCAGAACUCAAAAUGAAGAAGCAGGCGGAGAGUCGUUCUUUAACUGCCCAUACUGCGCCGUGUCCUUCACCGACUUUACUUACCUUGAGAAGCACCUCAAAUGGACCCAUCGGAGUAAUUACCUCGUUUGGCUCAAAUCUCAGAAAGCCCCACAAAGCGUCAAAAUCUCCUCGCAGAUGCUCAGCUGCUCUUCCUGCAACCACCACUUCUUCACCGAGGAGCAGCUGCAGGUGCAUAUGCGACGUGCCCACCUCCCGGUACCUGCACCGACUCGCAAACGAUACACGUGUCCGCAGUGCGACCGCAGCUUCGAUUACUUCGGCAACCUGCAGAACCACUGCCGCCGCUGCCACAACCUGACCACCGUGUGCACCGAUGGAGAGCUGAGCUGCGCUUCUUGCGGUGAGAACUUUGCAGGAAUGUGGGGCCUCGGACCACAUCAGUGCAACAAGCAAGAAAAAGAACAAAAGCCAAAAAUAGAUGGAAAGGAAACGCUAUGUACAAACCGCGGUUAUCUGUGUCAGCACUGCGGAAAAAACUGCCCCACGCUGCAGUGUUUAACCAUACACACUCGCACGCAUACGGGCGAGAAGCCAUACAUCUGUUCUGACUGUGGGCAUAGUUUUAAAGACAUGGGCAGCUUGCGCAAGCACAAGGUCAUCCACACCGGUGUCAAACCCUACUCAUGUCCUGAGUGCAAGAAGAGCUUCGCUCGAAUGAGCCACCUGAGCACACACUUGCGCACACACACUGGCGAGAGGCCGUACCCCUGUUCUGAGUGUGGCAUGAGGUUCAGUCACCGGUCAACACUGAGUCUACAUCAACGCGUCCACUCGGGAGAAAAGCCAUUCUCUUGUGGGGAUUGCAAGAAAACCUUUGCAACAUUGAGCAACCUCAAAGUGCACCUCCUGACACACAACAAGGAGAGGAUCCACAAGUGUGACGAGUGCAGGAAGACCUUUUCCAGGCCCGACGUCCUAAAGAAGCACCUCCGUAUUCACAAUGGCGAGAGGCCGUACGUUUGCACAGUCUGCAGCAAGAGAUUCAGUCGCAUCCAGCACCUGACCAACCACCAGCGCACACACACCGGCGAGAAGCCAUACCGCUGCGAAGAGUGCGGCGCGUGUUUCGCACAAUCCGGAGAUUUGACCAAACACGUACGUGGGCACACAGGGGAAAAGCCUUAUGCGUGUCCUGAGUGCGAUCGAUGCUACAGUAAUUCUGGAGACCUGGGCAAGCACAGGCGCACUCACAGCAGUCAGAGGCCUUACAGGUGUCAGCAAUGUGACAAGGCAUUCCUCAUGCCGCAACAUCUGAAAACACACACACUUACACACACUGGAGAGAGGCCGCAUGUCUGUCCAAAGUGUCCCCGCACCUUUAUACGGGCGCACCACCUCACCCAGCACCUGAAUGCACACCAUGCGUAGUGUCUCUUCUGGUCUUAAUAGCUCAUUUAAUUACAUUUUGUUUCGAAGAGCACCGACUACUUGUACAUAGUUCUGAUUACGCUUGUAUUUAGAAAAAACUUCCCCUAUAAAAUUAUAAGUAUUUUUGUGCCAUUAUUACUGGCUCAGUGACCCACAUCAUUCAUAACUCCCGUAAAGCUAUUCAAAUGAAGCGUUUAUUUUUCUCUAGCCAGUUUGCUGUCUCAUUUAAUCAAAUAAUGGGAAUGCAGACUAAUAUAGCUGGUGUGAUUUAUAGGCAAAUUAGGCGUUUGUUUUAUUUAGAUGGCACGUUGGCUGUCAAAAUGAUCAACUUCCUGACCUAAAGGUUGUGUGUGAAUGUCUUUUUAGGUAAUUACUAGUAAGAGGUUUGGAAAGAAGGCGACCCUUUUAUCACGGCAGAGGAACAGAUGAUUCAAAUGAUUGAUUUGAAUUCUUCUAUAGGAUUAUUAAUGCCAUUGAAAAAGAUCCGAAUGAAAACGCACCAGAUGCCAAGAUUUGUAGCACAAAAGCAAGACCAAAGUGUGAUUAAGACGCAAUAAUGCCACCGCAUGUAAAAAAAAAAAACACGCACCACAAGGUUAUGGGAAGUUUGGAGAAUUUUGAAAGUAAUAAAAGUUAUUCCCUUUUGUGUUAUGAGUUGUGAUAAAAGCUGUCAUGUUUAUAUAAUCCCUAAUGAGACUUUAAAACACUUAAUAAAAUUGUUUUUUUUUUUUUCAAAACAUUUAAUUCAGUCUCAUUUACUUACCUUUUAUUUCAUGCAAUUAAAUGUUCAUCAUAGCAGGACAUGUAACUAUUCCUACAUGUGAAUAUAACUGAUUAAUAAACAAGUUGGGUGAUGAUA